CACUCAACUUGCAACAACUCCAUCACACUCACCACCACCAUCACAAUGCGGCUGUCCUUGCUCGCCCUCACACUCCUUUCAAGCUGUGCGCUCGCGCAGAACGCGACGUCGGACGAGUCGUCGCACAACGCCUCGCCGACGCCAACAGAACACAACAACAACAAUGCGACGACGUCGAUCGCCGAGCCGACACGCACAGGCAACAUCACCGACGCGCCGAGCUCGUCCGCGACCCCGGCCAACGACCGGCCCGGCACCGUCGCCGUCGGCGCCGGCCAGUCGUACGGCCAGGCGACAGCGACGGGCGGGCUCAACGCGACGUCGCCGCUCAACGGCACGAUCGUGUCCAACAUCACGUGGGAGCUGCCGUGCCAGGACAUCAACGCGACCGUCAGCAUCAACGGCACGGUCAUCCCCAUCGUCGGCACGUGCACGUGUAUCCUCAACGGCACGGCCAGCUUCAACGGCACCGCGGUCGGCGGGAAAUGUCCCGACGUGGCCCCGCUGCCGGGGUACGUGCUGCCCGGGUACAGUUGGGACAAGAACGCGACAAAGGUUACGAGCCCGACGAGCAACAGUGGAUGGGUCGCCGGCACCCAGUCAACCGUCGAAUGGACGUGGCCCGCCGACGGCAACCACACGCAGCUCGCGAUCCGCCUCGCGCGCGUCAACACGAGCGCCGACGUCAGCUCAAACUUCUACGCCGUCGUCAACUCGUCCGAUCUCAAGGCCACGCAGGGGAUCACGCCGUUCACGCCCCCCGGCUCAGGCUACUUUAUCCGUAUCCUCAACUACGCCAACCAGAGCAUGGUGUACGCCUCGUCGCCCGAGUUCGAGAUCAAGUCGGCUGGCUCAAAGCCCAGCGGCGCGGCGCGGGCCGCCGCGCCCGGCGCCCUCGCCAUUGUCCUCGCCGUCGCCGCCUUGUUGUAGGCGCCCGCCCGCAUGCGCUGCAGCAGUGCUACACACUUCUUGUCACUCCCCAUGCCCGCCCUGCGCGCCGGCGCAAUCUAGAUCUUUUGUGCUGCCGGCCGCGCUGUGCGCGUACUCCGCCUUCGUUCUCUGCCGUG